AUGUCUUCGGACACGAGAAUAUUAUACCUGGUGUACUGCGGUGUUGCAGUGGCCGUUUUGAAGGAGUUCAAUGUCGUGGUUACUGAGCCGUACAUGGACGAGCCUUUCCAUGUUCCGCAAGCAUUGGCUUACUGCAGGGCUGUGUUGCUGCACCGGGUUUUUAUGUUCAAAUGCAAUCUUGCUUUGCUGCGCCUUACCACGACCCUUACCCUCUUCGCGCUGCCGCUUGUCCUCACGCGAUUGCUGGGGUUCCAUCAACGACGCCGCCUCCCACCAAAAUUAGCACCCUCGAUUGAGGCACUUGUUCUGUCUACCUUUCCAAUAGCGUGGUUUUUUGGGUUUUUAUAUUAUACAGAGGUGCCAAGCCUUGUUUCUGUCUUGUGUACCGUAGUGGCUGCAACGCAGAACAAGCACUGGUUUGCUGGUUUGCUAGGAAUUGUGAGCUGCUUCUUCCGUCAAAACAACGUCAUUUGGGUACUGUACGCGUAUGCCGCGAGCCAGCUCAUGCGUCUACGAUUCAAACGCGGACAUGGUGGACUGCACGAUCCCCCCGCCUUGGGCGCUGGGCCAGGUGACUUUCUUCGAUCGAUCACCAGUGCCCCCAAAGUAUUGCCCGAGUUACUCCCCGCGUUUACUCCUUAUGCGGUGAUUCUCGCACUUUUCGGUGGAUUUGUGAUUUGGAAUGGCGGCAUCGUGCUUGGCGACAAAUCCAAUCACGUUCCUUCAUUUCACGUACCGCAGCUGUACUACUUCGUUGCGUUUGCAGCAAUGAUUGGGUGGCCGGCUGUGCUUUGUGGUGAAGGCGGACCAUCGAAGAUUGCCACAGAAGUCAUUUUACGCAUGUUUGGGGGUAAAAGGAGAAGGCUUCUGACUAUCAUGAUAUCGAUCUUCAUGGGGAUUACUAUUCAGCGUUUCACUAUCCAUCACCCAUUCAUCCUCUCCGAUAACCGCCAUUAUACCUUCUAUAUCUGGCGUCGAGUAUUCAUGCUGCAUGCGGCAGUACCUUACCUAUUCAUUCCAGGGUACCAAGCGUGCGCCUGGGCGUGGUGGGUUCGUGUUGCCCGUGAUCAGUCGCUGUUGCAGACCUUAAUCCUGCCCGUUUUAAUAUUGCCUACAUUGCUGCCUACACCACUACUGGAACCGCGAUACUUCCUGGUACCAUAUUUGCUACUCAGGGCUCAGGUUGUGGAUGUGCAACCCUAUGGUGUUGUUGUCGAGGGUCUGUGGUACGCGAUGAUAAAUAUGGCAACGACGUAUGUGUUCUUGUACAAAGAACGAGCGGAAGUUGGGAGGUUUAUGUGGUGA